ACAAAUUUCACAGAUUAAAAACUGGUAAACUUCAAGAAUCAUGGCGUUGCAAAGGUUUAAAAAGAAUUUUGUCAAAGAUCAAUCAAAAUUAACUUAUGUGAAUAGUAUUGAAGAACACCCCCUGAUACCAGGAGUGUACACGAGGCAUCAUCCUAGAGAAUGUAGUCAUUUAUUACGUUUUCGUCCGAUCCAUAUGCGAUAUGAUAAUCCAUAUGAAGGGAAAGAAAUAGAACAGCUUGUUUCGAAGGAUAAUAUUCGAAAUUUGUUAAUUCCUAGCCAGAAUGUGUCCGUUUAUCCAGUUAUUUGGCAUAAAAAGGAAUAUCGUAAACUACAGAACAAGGCGAAACUCAAAACAAUGGAUGAUAAGCUGAAUGAGUUUAAACUCAAUGAGAUAGAAAAACGAAAUAUGCUCGAAGAAUCUGAGAAACGUAAGAAACGCCUACAAGAGAUAGAUCGAGAGCGUCAAGCAAAAGGUACUGUGGGAAAUGUAUUAGAUGAGCAUAAAGACGAAGAUUCCGGCACAACCGCUCGAAAAAUCAUCGAUAGAGCAUUCAUAGCUAAGCAAGAACAAGAAGAGGAGGUUAAAAGGGCCAAUAGAAUUAUUUUGGCUGCAAAGUGUCACAUUAUACGAGAUGCUCAGAUAGCAGAAAAACAAGAAAUAGAACGAGAACUGCGAUCAGAAGAGCUUCGAUUGGAAAAGAUGAUGCUAAAUGAAAAUGAGAAAGCAUUAAAAGAAGAAGAAAAAAAGCGAGAGUUGAAUAAAAUGCUUACAACGCAACAUUCCGAAGAAAUUCGCAAUCAGCUUUUGCAAAAAGACAAAAUGCGAUUGAAAGAAGCUGAGCGAAUCGAGGAGGAAGCCCGAGUUUUAAAGCACGCACAACAAGCUAUAGUAGCCGAUGAGAAACGCAAGGAAAUGGAGAAAAUUAACAGGAUUAAUGUCGUCCGAAAAGAUUUAAAAAAGGCCUAUGAACUUUCGGCAUACUACAAGCAGUUAGAAUUUGAAGAGCAACGUAUAGCUGAAUUGAAAGUACAAGAGUACACGAGACUGCGAAAUGAACGAAAAGCAAAAGUUGAAUUCGAGAAGAAAAUUGCAGCAGAGGCCAAAGAGCGUGAACAGGAUCGGAUGCUGAAAAUUCAACAAAAACUUUUCAUCACGAAAUCAGCCAAAAAUGAUAUGGAUCUCCGUAGGGGUCAGGAGCACGUAGAGCGUGAAUUCCGAAGACGGGAAAAAGAAGCAGUUAUAAGAAAACGUGAAUUAGAACAACAAAUUGCUGUAGCUAGAGCAGCGCAACUCGAAGCAGUGAAAACGGAACGGGCAAUGCAGAUAGCUCGAGAUGAAUUGGAUCACAAGAAAGCCGUAGAAAAGUUUAAACAGGAAGAACAGAAAGAAUCAGAGACCAGAAAAAAGCACUUGCGUCUACGUGAAAACUAUCGGGAAGAAAUUAUUCAACAAAUUAACCAGAAAGAGCAGGAACGCCGUGAACUAGAACGUUGUUCGAUAAAAGAACAUACAGCUAUGCAAGAAGCAAUUAAAAAACGUGAAAUGGCCGUCAAAUCUACGAUUUCUAACAAAAUCAAAAUGAUGAAAGAAAGCAAGGUUCCUGAUCGAUUCAUAAAGGAUGUUGAAAGGCAACUGAACUCCAUCAAAGAUGAAUCCUAACUCUAUCCGUCGUUGAUAAUUUAUUUUGAAAUUACU